AUGUCAGCUAUCAAACUUAUUAUCGCCACUGAAAGCUCCUGUACUGACUAUCUAUCCGAACUUAUCACCAAAGAAGAAGACACUGGACUAAAUUUCGAAGAAAUACGCUCCUUGCCCGCUCUUCUUGGAUUGGGAGUAGAUUUCUACUUCAGGAGGGUUCUCCAAAACAUUUUUUUUCUACCAGUUACAGUGACUCUGAUGAUUCUGCUUUGUCGAAUGUCUUCUCCUGGUAGCUUAAGAGGUUUAUCCUUGCUCGUUGGGAGAGCUGAAUCCACUAUCAGUGUCAUAUUUAAUUAUAUAAUUGAAAAACCUUUUGGCAAGUUCUAUUCAGAUCUUAAGUUUGACUAUCAACAAUUCCGCACAGAGAACCUUGUACGCUUUGGCAAAGCUAUCAACAAACUAUGUAGUAAAAAGCACCGCCCGAAGAAUGUGUUGGAUUCGUAUGCAAAACUCUUAACAAGAUUUACAGGCCAAACGUUGAUCAAGAAGCCAAGCAGUGUUAAACACAGCAAUAUCCAAAUAUUACGUCUAAUACAAGCAUUCUUGAGCAAUCUUGGAGAGUAUUUGUCAUUAGCUUUUGAGUAUAGCAUCUUGUAUGUGGAUUACAGUGAAAUCUUGAUAUGGGUAUAUAGUUGGUAG